AUGGCUGGAGCUGGAAAGUCGUUUGUUGGGUCAAUUGAUCAGGGCACAACGAGCUCUCGGUUCCUUAUUUUCAACACUGACGGAGAAGUAGUCGUUUCGCACCAGCUAGAGUUCACUCAGAUAUACUCUCAGCCAGGCUGGCACGAACAUGACCCCAACGAAAUUGUCGAGUCCGUAACAGCUUGCAUAGAUGGAGCUGUAGCCGACUUCGAAAAGCAAGGACACACGGUCGACUCCAUCAAGGCGAUUGGAAUUACUAACCAGCGUGAAACCACGGUGGUAUGGAACAAAGAGACGGGCGAGCCACUUUACAAUGCCAUCGUCUGGACAGACACGCGCACGCAAGCUCUUGUGCGAAAACUGAAAAACCGUCUAGGUCAUAGCGAACUGCAGCCGAUUUGUGGUCUGCCGCUUUCUACCUACCCAUCCGUCGGUAAGGUGCUAUGGUUGAUCGAGAAUGUGCCCAAGGUCAAAGAGGCGUACGACAUGGGAAUCCUCGCGUUCGGAACCAUCGACACAUGGCUUAUUUAUAAGCUCAACGGUGGUGUGAGGGGGAAUAUCUUCGUGACGGACCCAUCGAAUGCGUCACGGACGAUGUUCAUGAAUCUUGAGCGAGUCGAAUAUGAUGAGCGACUGCUUGAUUUUUUCCGUCUUGACCCGACUAAAAUCCACUUGCCUAAGAUCGUCCACUCUGCCGACCCAGAAGCGUACGGUAAACUCGCCCUGACGUCUCUUAAGGGUUUCCCCAUUACAGGAUGCCUCGGCGACCAAUCUGCUGCGCUUGUAGGGCAGAAGGGAUUCACUCCUGGUAAAGCCAAAAACACAUAUGGCACUGGCUGUUUCCUUCUAUACAACAUUGGCGAGAAGCCAGUUGUGUCGAAACAUGGCCUGUUAACAACAGUCGCCUUUGACUUUCGCGGUAGUGAGGGUGGAAAGCUCACGUACGCCCUUGAAGGAAGCAUUGCCGUCGGCGGGUCCAGUGUGAAGUUCCUCGUCAACAAUUUCAAAUUCAUGGAUAGCUCCAAGGAUCUGACUGCUUUAGCUGAAACAGUACCCGAUAGCGGCGGGUGCGUGUUUGUCACAGCGUUUAGUGGGCUGUUUGCUCCAUACUGGAUUGAUGAUGCCAGAGGUACAAUAUUUGGGAUAACAACGUAUACUCAACGGGGACAUGUGGCGAGAGCAACCCUAGAAGCGACGUGCUUCCAAACCAAGGCGAUUCUCGCUGCUAUGGAGAAGGAUAGCGGACACAAGUUGACCGAGCUGGCUGUUGAUGGCGGUAUGUGUAGUAGCGAUUUGACGAUGCAGACGCAAGCAGAUCUAAUAUCCAUCCCCGUCAACCGCCCGAGGAUGCGAGAAACCACCGCUCUUGGUGCAGCGAUAGCAGCCGGUAUUGCUGUCGGUGUCUGGAGCGGUACGGAGGAGCUUCAAGGUGUCAACGUCGAGGGACAGACGACGUUUAAGCCAAGCGUUCAGAAGGAGGAGACAGAUAAACGCUUUGCCCGGUGGGAGAAAGCCGUGGAGAUGUCUCGAGGAUGGGCAAACUAG